AUGGCGCAGUUCCCUGUACCACAGCUGUACAAGUCCAAGACAUCGCGAGGCAAAUCCGUGGACUUCAUCGUGUUUGGGUUUCCGCUCUGCAACAACUACCUACUGGAUUUUGCCGACGCACACAAGCUUCUAGUCGACGAGCAGGAUCCAUGGCGACGUCGACUCAACGUCUAUGUACAGCUGGCAUGGACUGUUAAAAAGCAAUUCGAUGCCGUGUGCGUUGACCUCUCUGAAAAAGAAGAUGGCUCUGGUGACAAUGCGUCGUUCUGUGUUGCCAUUACGUCGAACAGGACGCAGAGGCACCUGAGUCGCAUGCAAACCUAUCCGCAUUUCGAAAAGCUUACCAAGUUCUUGUGUCUAUCUCCUGAAGCAGCGGGUUGGAUGUUUCCAGACCGAGCUGAUGCUAACGAGCUCAUCAAGGAUGGUAUCAAGGUUAUUUAG